AUGAUCACUCUUGUCACGAGUUGGAUUCUUCUUUUUGUUGGUUUGAAAUUGUAUAAAUUUGUUGUUCUUUUUAAAAAGACAAUUGGAAAUACAACGAAUAGUAAUGACGAUGAUGAUGACGCCAUUCGGAAAUUGAAAAUUGAGAUGACAGGUUUGGCAGCAAGGUCAGCAUUACAAGAAAAAGGACAACAACAUUCUGUCAGUAAUCAAAAUGUUUCAAUGGACACUUUGGAAAUUAGAAAUGAUCAAGAAGAAAAAGACGAUGCUCGAUCGAAGGAGUCAUCCUCCUCCUUUGAUAAAUCGUUACAAAUGGAAGAAGAAGGUUCUUCUUCACAUCAUAUUUUGAAAAUUCGAAAUCAUUAUUCAUUACUUCCAAACGAAGAGGAUGACACAUUACAAGCAACAGAAGAAACUAGUCCAAACAAGACCGUGAACGAUCUACAUCACUCAUCUUCGUCAUCUCUUCAUGAAAAUAUCAGAUCGCUCCAAGAAUUUGGAAAUUAUUUGUUAAAUUAUGAAAUUCUAAUUACUAAUUUAGGAAUUCUAGGUGGAAUUUUAUUAAUUGUGUAUUUGGGACACACGAAAAAUCCAUUGCUAUUUGAAACUACAGAAAGAGUAUAUUCGAGAGAUUUAUUCAUUUCUAUUUGUAUCAUUUCCUUAAUUUGUGGAUUUUUCACAUUGCAAAAAGUUGAGAAAAAUUCGGACGUCAUCUUGUCCAGAGAACAAACCGAAGAAUGGAAAGGAUGGAUGCAAUUGGUGUUUUUACUGUAUCAUUAUUACAAUGCUCAAGAAUUGUAUGCUCCCAUUCGAGUUUUUGUCAGUAGUUACGUGUGGAUGUCUGGUUUUGGAAAUUUUUCAUACUUUUACAAUAAGGGUGACAUGUCGUUUGGCAGGUUUCUACAAAUGCUUUGGAGAUUGAAUUUUUCUGCGGUUGCAUUUUGUCUCGUUACAGGAAAUAGUUAUUUUCUCUAUUAUAUUGUUCCGCUUCACACUCUGUAUUUUGUAAUGGUCUUUGUCGUGAUGAGAAUUGGAAGACCAUUAUGGAAUCAACACUUUCUCAGAAUUCGAAUCAAAUUGAUUGUCAACUUGUUAUUAAUUUAUGCCAUUUGGGAAACUCCAUCCUUGUAUCAUUUCAUAUGUGCUGGACCUCGUGACUUGUGGAAACGAUAUUUGUGGUCCUCCAAUUUGGCCUAUCAUGAUUUCUAUUUUAGAACCUAUUUGGAUCAUUAUUCUGCAUUUUUUGGAAUGCUUUUUGCCUUAAAUUAUCAAUCCUUGAAGGAUUUGUUGAAUCAUGUUCACAAGUGUGAGAAGAAGGGACAUGUUGUCAGUGCUGGCUUAAUAGUUCUAUGUUCCAGCAUGAUUGCUCUGUGGUGUUACAUUUAUUUUCCAACUUCCAAAUUCACAUACAAUUCCUUUCAUCCGUAUUUUAGUGUCGUUCCCAUCAUGUGUUUUGUGUAUUUGAGAAAUGCAACGCCAACGUUAAGAAGUUACUACAUGAAGAGCUUUCAAUUCAUUGGAGUGGUGACUUUGGAAACGUAUUUACUUCAACAUCAUGUCUUGAUGACUGACAAUGCGAAAAGUGUGUUAAUCGUUCGAGGAUUGAGUGAAUUUCCACUGUUGAAUACCAUUCUUGUAUCCAUUGUGUUUAUGAUAUUAUCGUAUCAACUCUACCAUGUGACCAUCUAUUUGAGAGAUUUCAUAUUUGAGAGAGUAGUGGAUUGGACCAGCGUUGGAAUACUUUUUGGAUGGUGUGGAAUUUUAUAUUUCCUAAUUUAUACUUUACAAGAUUUUAUAUUAAGGAAAGAGAGUAUAUUCAUGACAUUGAGUUUCAUUGUAUUCCUUACGUGUCUUCAAAUGAUUGGAAUUUCUGCAUUUGGUUUCUUCACUACUCAUUCCUCAAUUCAAUCUCGAAUUUCCAUCAUCCUGUCACUCUGUGCCAUUAUUUCUCUUUUCAUCAUUCAUUUCACACGUUGGUUAUUCAAUUCCUCUUCUCAUGUUGAAAAAGAAGUGAAUGGUUAUAUUGGACAUAGUUAUUAUCAAGGAUUUUUGGUCGUGUGUGCUGCAUGUAGUAUUUUGAUGAGUGGAGAUUCAUUGUUUGGAGUGUUUCAUGUGUGGUAUCGAGUGGCGACUUGGAAUUUUUCACCAUCUCUACCCUUUCCAUAUGAUGGGAACGAUCUUAAUUCGAAUCAGGGUGGAAAAUAUCCUAUGGUUCAACAUACUCAUGAGAAUUAUUUGGAAAUUGAAAAACAAUUGAAUUUUAAAUUGGAUGAGGAACAGCAAGACAAGAUUUAA